GCGAGGGAGGCGGGGGCCUCGGGAGGGUGAAAGGAGGGAGGAGAAGGGCGGGGCACGGAGGCCCAAGCGAGGGAACAGACCCAGACUGACUUUUUCCGCAGCUCUCGGCGUCCGCCACAGUCAUGUCGCUCCUCCUGCUGAUAGUCUCUGCCCUUCACAUCCUCAUUCUCAUCCUGCUUUUCGUGGCCACUUUGGACAAGUCCUGGUGGACUCUCCCCGGGAAGGAGUCUCUGAAUCUCUGGUAUGACUGCACGUGGACCAACAACACCAAGACGUGGGCCUGCAGUAGUGUCAGCGAGAAUGGCUGGCUGAAGGCGGUGCAGGUCCUCAUGGUGCUCUCCCUCAUCCUCUGCUGUCUGUCCUUCAUCCUGUUCAUGUUCCAGCUCUACACCAUGCGGCGAGGAGGGCUCUUCUAUGCCACUGGCCUCUGCCAGCUUUGCACCAGCGUGGCGGUAUUUACUGGGGCCCUGAUCUACGCCAUUCACGCGGAAGAGAUCCUGGCGAAGCACCCGCGAGGGGGCAGCUUCGGUUACUGCUUCGCCCUCGCCUGGGUGGCUUUCCCCCUCGCCCUGAUCAGCGGCAUUGUCUACAUCCACCUGCGGAAGCGAGAGUGAGUCCAGCCUUGCCCUGGCGCGCAGGCCUCCUCCCGGCCUCUAGCCUCACUCCGAAGCCCCCGUGCGUCUUCCAGAAAAUAAAACCGUUUAGCCGCGGG